UACCUAUUGGUGACUCUAUCGUUUGUUUUCUCUUCCCAAGUCAGGUUUACCGAGAAAAAUCAAGUCCCUUUCCAUAAACAUGUAUUUAACCGACAGAGUAUGGAAUUUCUGUUCGGUCUCCUGUCUAUGAAUGAGAUUUUUUUAAUGAAAGAGACAGCGUGCCAUUGGUACUGAGAAUCUGUCAUCGACAUCAGCGGUCACUGGACAGAUUCUUGCAAGAAGAUUCAUAGUGAGGCCAUGGCUGAAGGCAAUGGAUGUAUGGAGGGAGCCCCAACCACAGGGGUAGACCUACCACAGCCCGAUAAUGCGGGGUUCCCUGGUCCACCUCCCCCGAUUUACUCGUGCACGCUCAAUCCUGCUCUGGAGGCCAAGGCGCGUGAGGAGUUGCAGGAGAAGCCCGAGUGGCGUCUGCGUGACGUGCAGGCCCUGCGAGACAUGGUGCUGAAGGAACACCCGCACCUGCGCACGCGUCUGGACGAUGCAUUCCUGCUGCGCUUCUUGCGCGCCAGAAAGUUUGAUUAUGACCGCGCGCUCCAGCUGCUGCUGAACUAUCACGCCAGCCGACGGGCCUGGCCCGAGGUUUUCCAUGACCUCCGACCCUCUACGGUUAAGCAUGUGUUGGAGCGAGGCGUCCUAACGGUGCUGCCCCAGUCAGACAAUCAUGGGCGCUACAUCCUAUGUCUCAGGCCAGGGAAGUGGAGGCAAAAUGAUUACCCGUUUGUGGACAUCAUCCGGGCGAUAUACCUGACGCUUGAGAAGCUGAUCGAGGCAGAGCAGACCCAGGUGAAUGGUCUGGUGAUCCUGGUGGACUACAGUGGCGUGGGGCUGUCCCAGGCAUCCAACCCUGGACCGUUCCUGGCCAAGAAGGUGGUGGGAAUCCUGCAGGAUGGUUUUCCCAUCAGAAUAAAAGCUGUGAACAUCAUCAACGAGCCACGCAUCUUUAAGGGGAUAUUUGCCAUAAUUAAGCCCUUCCUGAAGGAGAAGAUGGCUGAGAGGUAUGUCCUCCACGGUUCGGACCUGUCCUCUCUACACCGCAGCAUCCCGCGCUCGGUGCUGCCCGAGCAGUACGGCGGCGUGGCGGGCCAGCUGGACAUGGCGGCGUGGACGCAGACGCUGCUGGACGCCGAGGAGAACUUUGUGGUGGAGUUCUGCCAGCCGGAGCCGCUGGAGGACGGCGCGCUGCCGGACGCCAUGCUGUUCGACGGCGAGCACGGCGGCAGCGGCGGAGGCGGCGCUCAGGGAGAGGACACGUUCAGGAGCCUGCGCUCGCAGCUCUACUACUGCUACUGACCGCUGCACUGACCACUGCUGACCCCCCCCCACCCCCCCCCCCCCCCCACACACACACACACACACACUGCUCGUCGUCAUCACGUCAGCCAUGACAGAUGGCUUUUGCUGCUCCCAUUAGUGAUCGCUCCGCCAUUACUGCCCGCGGUGACUGACCACACACUUAUGGCACCCCUCUGUCCUACUGACUGUUACAUCACCACUGACCACUGUCGCCCCCCCCCCCCCCUUUCUCUCCGCUAGCCUCUGUUCUUGCUCUAAUGGUUUUAUUGCUACUGAGGCCUCCUGCAGUGCUCACCCACUGUUGGAAACCUUGCUACUGAACGAUGUUGUUCACGAAUGCUUUCUGUUGUUCACCCCCAGACAUUGAUUUGAGAGAGAAUGUCGUUAAUGUGUAAUAUGCAACCAUGUCAAUUUACUCUGAGGUGGUCUUGCCAAAGUCUAUAGCCAUUCCUGAAUAUGAGUUGUGGGGAACGGAAGUUAAAGGGAGACUAUUUAAAAAUGUUGCUUUAUCUUGCGUUAGCCACUCAUAUUUGUUUUACACCCAAAGAUGGUUUGCCUUAAUAGGAGAUGGGGCUAGUGUUGUUGACCAUCCAGUAUCCUUAUGAAUAUGAAGACAGGCAGCAGUCUGGAUAACGUCCAGUCUUCACUUGGGUGGUCUACACUAAAGAUGAAUUUGAUCCUCUCCAUACUUUUGUUGCAUACCCAUUCAGUCUUAAUACAAAUAGCCAAACUGUAAGUAAACUGCUCUUAGAUGUAUAGACGUAUGUAUACUAGAUGUAUAGCCAGUGCAGCAAAAGCAACUGCACUGUAUGGAUGUAAGUGUAUGUAUAUCACUGUAAACGCCACAGCAGAUUUGCUGUUCUCAUGUGUCAUUGUCACACACCUUGUAUGUUACCCGCCACAUGUGCACACACAAAUACCACUCUGUCCAGUCAGUUAAGGCACUGUUGUGGAGCUGGAACUGAUCUCGACACACUCACCAGCACUGACUGUGAGUGCUCCGUCUUGAUCACAUCACAUGCUCCAAACAAACAUUGCGAUCAUUUCAAACCUGCCAUUUUGUUAUCUCCUUGCCCUCUUGCCAAAAAGAGAGAUAAAAACAUGAAAGGGACUUUUCAUUUAGUAUUUGUACAGAUUCACCUUUAUAUAACUUUGUUUUCCAUGUUUUCACAUUGAUCAUGAUUCCUGGCAUUUUUUUUUUGUUAUUUAUAAUAACCAGGUAACUUCUGUCCAUUGAAAUGUGUACAGGGAUAUAUUUCAAAUUAGUGUGGUAUGUGGGUUGCUUCUCAUCACCAGAAUCAGCCUGAAUACCUUAAUAAAGCGUUGGCUUU